GGACUUCACCGGUGGCCAUUCGAUAGUAAUCGAACUGUGCGGCCAUUCGAUGUGGGUCAAUACGUCACGAGAAAGCUCGAAACUGCCGUUAAUUAAUCGAUUCGACCAAGCCGUCGCAGGGAGGAGACAAUGUCAGAUCAAGAUGAUACUCUAUUGGACGAAGACCUCGGCGACGAAGAGUAUGACCUGGGAAACGACGAGGAGGAGGCCCUCCUGGCUGACGACUAUGAAAUCGACAGGCAGAAUAGCUAUAAGGGAGAAGAGGAAACAGACGAUGUGCUGGAUUUAGGAGUGACCGAUGCCCUCGACGAUUUAGAGGGUGAAGAUGAUAAUGUCGAGUAUAGGAACGAGACUGAUAGCCAUAACCAAAGUCAUUAUAAUGACGAACGUGUUGAUAAUCGUGGAAAUUAUUACGACGAACGUCGGUGUAAUUACGAUGAGAAAAAUCAGAUGAAUUUGGGAUUGGGGGACUUGAGGGAGAAGCUGCAGAAGAGGGACAUCGGUGGAAAUGGACAGAUUGUGGAGGAGGAUGAGUGCGAGGAGGCCAGGGAGAGGCGGAAUAGAUUUCAAACUGAGAGGAUCAUGAUAUCACCGAAGAUGAAUAGUGACAUUCCGGAUUCACUGGAGAGUGUUGUCACUGCUGAACAGAGUAGGCCGGUGUUCCGGGGUAGGGGAAGGGGACGAGGGAUGAUGAGGGGCAUCAGGGGCGGAAGAUAUCCGAUGAAUGUGGGGAAUUAUAAUCCAAGAUUCAUACCUCGGCCCUCGUUCGACGAGCAAAAGCCGCAGUACAGACCUCCCCUGCAAGACAACCGGCACUUCCAGAACGGUCCAUCGAACAUAAUGAACCCGCAGAUGAUGUAUCCCCAGGAGAAUCAGUUUCAGCAGUAUCCCCGAGCGCCUCGUCCCCACUUCAACGAGCCCCAUCAGUUCAAUCCAAAUCAGUUCCAAGGUCCUCCACGUCACCAGAAUCCCCCAAUGGACUUCAGACCACGAGGUCCAAUGCCAGGAGGGCUUACUCCAAGAUUUAAUGGCCCAAUGAAUCCAGGAUUCAUGCCCAACCAGCACUUCCCAAGGCCCCAGCACGAGCAGGACAUGCCAGGACGUCAGAUGAUGCCCCCAGGUCCAAUGAUGGCCAACAUGCAGCCUGGACCCCCUAUGCCGGGGAGCCAGGGCCCCCCAAUGCACCCACCUCAUCCAGGAAUGCCACCAGGACAGCCCGAGGGGCCCAUGCCGCCUUUCAGACACCCAGGACCCAGCCAGAUCCCUCAUCAGGCUCCUCAUCCCCAUCAGAGUGUGCCCAUGGGGGGGCAGCCUGGCUUCGAGCCUCGUCAGCAGUUCCAGGAGCCACCCUGGGAGGCCAGGAACAUGUACGAUGGGAGAUCUGCGUACAACAACAGCCAACCGGUUGGACAGUUCAACCCUGGGGUGGUGCAUCAACAGCAUCCCGUGCCCAGUGUUCAGAUACCUCAGAAGAUCCUGAUUAAUCCACACUUCAGGGGAAAUUCCCAGCAGACGAGUGAAGGAAGACCUCCUUGGGACAAUCCUCAACAACCUCCAGUCGUUCACCCCCACCCAAGUGAACAAUUUAGACCGAAUCCCGGCCCAUAUCCUGGCCAGCCACCGUUCAAUGCCCCCACAAAUCAAGAAAACUCACAAGAUUAUCAGAAGAAUUAUGCUCAGAACAAGAGUGAUGAUCCAUACGCAUAUUUCUCAGACGUAUGGCAAGAGAACAAGGCAAAGCCGAGAAGUUUGAGCCCCUCGAAGAGUUAUUCUGGGGAGAGUAACUACGGACGUGAUAGCAGCUACAGAGAUUAUGAUAAAUAUAAAUCUGAUAGUAGAGAUCCUUAUCCCGAUGAUCAAAGAUACAGAGACAGAAGUCCACCUCCACGAUCGCGAGAUCCUCCACCCAGGUCUCGACCCCCUCCACCAAGUAAUAGCUAUCACAAUGACUCUUACGAUCAGAGAUCGAGACCACCGAAUUCAUCCAGUCGUCCAGCCCCCAGACUUGGCCAGAAACGGACUCCAGAGCCUCAGGACAGGGGACGAGAUGUCAGUCCCAAAAGAAUGAGAGCACACAGAAGUCCUCAUGACACACGUACAGAGCCCAGUGAUCACCACAAAGAUGUUCAGGAGGCAGAGAUGGAUCCGGAGGAGCGUGAGUACCGGAAAAAAAUGGAGGAGCAGAAGCGUUUGCGUGAGAAAAUUCUCCAAGAAAAGGAGAAUCGAAGGAAGCAAGCAGCACUGGAGAGACAAGGAGAAGAUUCCAAGGAGCUUAAGAACAAUGAUCAUCAACAGGAGAGCACAUCAUCGAUAGCAACACUCUCAAAAGAUCUCUCAGAAACCACUGUAACUGCUAGACCGAGAAUUCGUGUCGCAGCUGGACAAGCUACAGAGGUUGAGAAGCCAGUGAGGAUAGUGAGGACAGUGUCUGAGAAAAUAGCCCCCGAUAAUCAGCCCUCAAAGGAUUCAGUAAAUCCACGAGAAGUGAAAAAACCAGUUCCAACUCGGAGAGUAGUUAUUCAGAAGCAAUUGCCCAAUGCACGAGUGGCGACGUCCAUUCAGAAGACAGUCUCGAACCUCCAGAAGGCCCAGAGCAAUCCUCAGAGCCCAUCAGCAGAGACUUUGACGAAGAAAGGACCUCUUCAGCUUCAGAAGACUGCUGCUGGUGGAGGCAGAACUGUCGUCAAGGAGAGACCUACGACAAUUAGGAAAGUUGUUGUAUCUGAAGUUGCAGCAGGAACUAUCAAGAAAGCUCCAGGGACUGUCCAGAGUAAUAGAGUUGUUCUCCAGAAGCCGGUGCAGGUGAAGAGACUAGCUGAGGGAAAAUCAAACACUAUUUUGAUUGAGAAUUUAGCAGCAAGCACUUCAGAAGCGCAAAUUCGCCGCAUGUGCCAGGGAAUUGGAACUCUAGAGAGCAUUAUCAUGGGCGAGGGAACAGCAACAAUCGUGUUUAAGACUCACUCAGCGGCAAUGGUCUUUCACAAAAAGUAUCAGCGUAAAAUGAUUGAUCUGUCAAUGAUCAAUGUCAAAUUUCUGCCACAGAAUAACUCACAGUUGACAACCGUUGCCACCACAUAAUCUUUCUCUGCAUUAUGAAAUGUUGGAUAUAAUUAUGAGAUUAUAUCACUUUUUGGCAUUUUUUAUUAUGUAAACAGUAGUGUAAUCGAACAUGAAGAAUUGAGUGAGAUGAUUUUUUUGUAUAUAAAGAUAAAGAACAAGCAUUAUGUGUCUCGAUGAUGUACAUAAAAUGUAUAAAUUAUUUAUAGUGAUAUCAGGCGUAGAAUUCAGUGGAUAAUACGUCAAUAAGAGUGAAUAUAUAUGAAUUGUAACCAUUGAAACGUGGUGUUUUGAACGAUUAAAUAAAUUGGACAUCACGUGAAA